AUGCCUGUGGACAUUCAAAAGUUUGCUGCAGAAAAACGUCUUCCACAUGAUGGAUUUACUUCCUUCCAUAUUGCUCUCCCUUUACAAAAAGAUGCCACUGGCCAUUUGUCUCCAUUUCAUUCAAAAAGACUGAAGACAAAUUCUAAUGAAGAUCUUAUUCUUCAUUUGCCAUUUGAAAAAGAAACCAUGAUUCUUCAAUUGCAAACUGGUUUCUCUGUUCUUCAUUCGACCACAUCAGUCAGUUUAGCCAAUGGUGACAAAGAGGAAAUGAUCUCCAAAGGACCUUUCCCCAACUGUUAUAUCUCUGGUCAUGUCGUCUCACAUGAUGGAAUAGCGUCCUUUUCACACUGUGGUGAUGGAUUGUCAUAUAAUGUGCUUCCUCCCUGCAAAAAAUAUUCCUCAUUAGUCAGAUAUACUAACAAAAAAUUAUUUUUAGGUAUGUAUCUAAGUCCUGAUGAAACUUGUGAAGCAAGGCAUGGCCUUGGUUACCGAUAUCGGUUCUACCCAGAUUUGGGACCCUGUAUGUACCAUAGCUGUACUUACAUGAUGAAUGGGCUAAAAUACGGAACAAUGAAAGUGCAUCGAUAUGGAAUGGCUGGUCUCUAUUGCGGUUAUCACAAGAUAUGCUUAUUAUCUCUGAAAUAUGUGAUAGCCAAUGUUCUCGAAAUUCCUGCUUUUGCUUCAAAUAUUGUCAUUCAGUUCAAUUUCACAAAUGAAGAAGAAGCAUUUUUGAUGCUUUGGUCUAAAGAUGAUAUUGCUAUUCUUGACCCUCACUUAAAUACUACAAAGACCCUACAGAAUCCUGUUCAGUUUGCUAAAGCACAUUGGGAUUAUGAUACUAAGUGGUUUCUUGUCUCAGAUGGACCCAUUGGCCAGCCUGUCAAAAUUAAGGUUAUGGUUGGAGGAAACACAACAUCGAGAUCUUUAAUUUAUAAUUAUUCACUGCCCAUUGUUCCAGGUCAGUUAUUCAUUUGA